AUGGACUUCAAAAAGCUGAUGUCGGCCCAGAUCUCAAAGUCGAGACCUGUGGCAAACGGUGAGAAUACAUCGUCGAAAUACUUACGCCGCGCAGAACUUGAAGCCGAGCGACAAGCACGUUACGUAGAGGAUCAGCAGAGACUUGCAGCAGAAAAGGAGGAGCGACUGUCCAAGAAGCGAAAGCUUGACGAGGAAGAAGCCGAGCAAAAUGCGCAGCGUGAGUUGAAGCUGCAACGACUAGCGGCGGAGAGCAAAGCACGACGAGAAGCGAAAGAGCUAGAGGAAGAACAAGCCAGAAGACGACGGUUGGGGUUGCCGCCGCUGCCUGAAAAUGGUGCCGAGGAUCCAAGCGCAGUGCCUGAGGGUUUCGAGGACGUUCCCGAUGACGAGCUGCGGCUCAAGCUGAGAGGCCUGCACCAGCCCGCGAGCGUAUUCGCUGAAACACAUUCAGCACGGUUGCAUAGAUACUACAAACUGGUAAAGAAGGAAGUGUCAAGGCCACAGCUGAGCAAAGGGCCAAUACCAUCCACAUUGGAGCCUGUCGCAGAGAGGGACAUGCUUAUCCCGGAUUCUGUGCCGGCCAAGGAUAAGAUCGAUGAUGUCAAAUUCCUGUAUCGACAACUGGCGUCUUACUUCACAUUACUGCUGACAGAGUGGUCAAUCAUGCUUUCGCAACGAGACGAAGCAAUUCAAGCUUCAGCAUCUGGUCGCGCAGCAUAUGCCUCCUACAAGAUAGUCUUAUCAGAUUUGACGCCAAUGUACCGGCGGAUGGAGUCCAACACGAUCGAGGCAGACCUGAUUCCUCCUCUGUUCAUCGUGCUUUGUGUCUACUUUCCCAAGCUACGCUACGCUAUCUUCGAAGGCGACAGACGCUACGGAAUCACGGAGGACUCUGAGGAUGCUCAAACAGUCUCGGCUGGUACAGAGUCUAAAGUGCAGUGA